AUGGCUCUUUCAGACAAAGAUGCCGCCCAACGCAUCAGCACCGAGUUCAAGGCUGAUCCUGAGAUAGCCCACAAGGCUCCGACAACGGCGGUCCACGAGGAGUAUCUCAUCGAACGGCAUGGGACGUGUGAGCUGGAUCCGCUGCCCUCGGCGGACCCCAAUGACCCUUUGAAUCUGCCGUCGUGGAGAAAACAUGUCCAUCUCAUGCUCAUGGCCUUUCAUGGCUUAUUCUGCACCUCUAAUGCUGGCUCAGUCGUGACGGCCUGCGUGCAAUGGGCCGAGCUCUACCACGUCAGCAUCCCUGCUUCCACUUACAUUGCAACCAGCCAGUUGAUUGCACUCGCCGUUGCUCCUCUGGUCUGGAUUCCCAUUGUCAACCGAUGGGGCCGCCUGCCAGCCUUCUUGGUCUCUGCCCUGGGCGCGUCCAUGUUCAACAUCGCCUGUGCCCAGAGCGGCAGCUAUGCGUCCCACAUGGUAUACCGCAUUCUGGUCGGCUUUUUCAUUUCCCCGGGCAUUACGUUUCCCCAGGGCGUGGUGGUGGAGAUGUUCUUUGCCAAACAACGAGCCCAGAAAAUGGGAAUCUGGGUGCUCUUUGCAAACUCAGGCGCGUCCGUAGGUCCCGCGUUGAUGGGCUUCCUCAUCAAAUCCCAGGGCUGGAGAUGGGUGUACCGAGUAUUCGCCAUUUUGGAAUUUACGCUGUUUGCCCUCUAUUACCUCUUCAGUCCGGAGACGCUCUACCGGCCCAAUGUCAACAACUCCCCGUCACCGCAGCGGAGUUGGUGGCUGAGAUUCGCCCGGCGGAUCGACCCGACUCCGAUCCGGAUGUUCGAAUUCAUUGAGCCACUCUGGCUCUUGAGACACUGGAAUAUCCUGGUGGUGAACAUCGCGUACUCGGUGGCUCACAAUUUCGUCCUGACGCUCCUCCUUGUGGAAAUGUCCACCUUGUACGAGCCACUCUUCAAUCUGGGCCCUCAGCAGGCUGGAUUGAACUACUUCGCAUUGCUUGUUGGUUCGCUCCUUGGUGAACAGCUCGGGGGUCCGUUCAGUGACUGGCUCCGUAACCGUCAGCUCCGACGAACCAAGCGGAACGUCCCUGAGGACAGGCUCUGGGUGUCUCACCUGGGCAUCCAGUUGAUCAUUGUCGGCAUCGUGGUGUUCUUCGUCGAGAUCGCCAACGCUUCCGGCCACUGGAACAUCAGACCGGAUAUUGGCGUGGGCAUUGCAGCAUUCGGAGUCCAGAUCGUCGCCACCGUCCUCGUUACAUAUUGUUCCGAUAGUUUGCCGCGCCACGAAUCCGCCUCGUUGGGUGUCGUGAUCAAUUUCACCAAACUGGUCUGGGGCUUUGCAAGUCCCUUCUGGUACCCCGUCAUGAUCGACUCCGUUGGUCUGAAGGGGUCUGCCGGUGUCGUCACGGGUGUCACUGUUGCUUUCGCCAUGCUUCCGCUCGUGGCUCUCCAGAUCUGGGGACGAUACAAGAGGAACUAG